UUGCUAAUUCACCGCUGCAAACUUAUGACUGAAGUUUCAAACGAUAAAUGGAUAAUAACACCGGCGGGUGAAAUUUCUACACCCGAUGCUUUACUCUCCAGCGAUAUCAGUAAAAAAAUCCGCCGUAGUUUCUUCAAGAAGGAUGUGGCCGUAAAGUCUUAUAAGUGUGAUUUCCUUGGCUCCGGCAUAUUUACAGCAGCAAAAAUUUACAUAUCAAACAGUGCCAUUUAUGUCGUCCACCGACCUAAGAGGAGAAAAUUGACAACUGUUUCGUUUUCCGCAAUAUUUGAUAUCAAACCGCGAGUGGAUCAGCAGGGCGUUGACAUUCACCUGGACAAUAGGUUAGUUUACAGCCUGACCAACUUCCAGCGGACAGAAUCUGCUAUUGCAUUCCUCCUCAACUUUUGGAAUUUGGUGCGCAAAGACAAGGGCCAUUUUAGCUCCCCGGGCACCAAGUCCUUGCACUGCGGUCUUGAAAAUUCCGGCUCGACCGGGCGUUUCUCUACUACCUCAUGCGACGCACGCUUACCGGUCUUGUCGUCAGACGCCUCGCCAUUGCUCCUGCAAGCUCCAACCACAAUCAGCCUGAACAGCACGGCAAGUUUGAGUGAAACCGGGAGUCUGGAUGAGAAUUGCCAAAUAUCCGUCUCAUCUUCAGGCCUAAAAUCUUCUACGAAUGACACUAGAUCACAGUUGAAUACCACCGACCACGAGGCCGCAGACCUGGUGAUAAGACCCCUAAGUAAAAGUCCUUCCAUUGUCCGCCAGUCGGUGACUACUGUCGCCCGAGCAUCGGGUCAUUCCACACCUGGACGUUCCUCAUUUGCAUCAUCGCACAGUAACAAGAAUCCAGAUCACGAGGUUACGCAACAUUCCGCUGAGACUCCCUUCCUUCGGGCUGAAACAACUGAAGUUCUUCUACCUCAAGUGGAGUCACUUCACCCCGAUGGCUCUACGACCUCCCUCAGCAAUGGACAACAGAUGUUGCAUGGUGCCUCCAGUGGAAGACCGAAACCGGUGGCUUGUUUGACUGAAUCUCCUGGGUGGGGUGCCACAUGGCCCUUUAGUUUUCUUCCUUAUCCGUUCUCCAGUUCACCACAACGACUAACUAUGCUUAUUGCCUACGCAAUUCUCGCAUUUUUACUCCUAUCCACAAUGCACCUGUACCACCGUUUGGCUGUAUUCGAUCUACACGGAAGGCCCGGCUUGACACGAACCUCUCAGCCACAGCUCACCGAACACGAAUAUCGUGUUGGUUUGGAAUUUUUAGAAGAGCAGUUGAUUCAACUGCUCACCGAACACGAAUAUCGUGUUGGUUUGGAAUUUUUAGAAGAGCAGUUGAUUCAACUGGUCAGUCUGAUGGGCCAGUUGACUGAGUCGUUGGCCAGACUGACCACGGAGUUGCGAUCACUGGAUCCGGUUGGUGAUAGUUACGCGGCCACACCAUCAACUGAGACUGGACCGCUCACUUGA